AUGAACGUCAGUUGUUCCUUGUGGCAGGAAAAUGGCAUAUCUGUCAAACAUUUUGCAUUUGCCAAAUUCUCUGAGGUCACUGAACAAUGUUUUCUUCUGUUUACCCUCAUCCUACUCAUGUUCUUAGCAUCUCUGACAGGAAAUGCUCUCAUAGCCCUUACCAUCUGCACCAACCCAGUGCUGCACACUCCCAUGUACUUCUUCCUGGCCAACUUGUCUUUCCUGGAGAUUGGCUACACUUGCUCUGUCAUACCCAAGAUGUUGCAGAGCCUUGUGAGUGAGGCCAGAGGGAUCUCUCGGGUGGGUUGUGCCACACAGAUGUUUUUCUUUAUAUUAUUUGGUAUCAGUGAAUGCUGCCUUUUGGCUGCCAUGGCUUUUGACCGCUAUCUGGCCAUAUGCUCCCCACUCCACUAUGCAACACGAAUGAGUCAUGAGAUGUGUGCCAAUUUGGCAAUGAUAUCUUGGGGGGUGGGAUGUCUUGUUGGUCUUGGCCAGACAAACUACGUUUUCUCAUUGGAUUUCUGUGGCCCCUGUGAGAUAGACCACUUCUUCUGUGAUCUCCCACCCAUUCUGGCACUUGCUUGUGGUGACACCGCCCACAUUGAGGUUGCAGUCUUUGUUGUAGUUAGCCUUUGCAUUUCCAGUCCAUUUGUACUGAUUAUUGCCUCCUAUGUCAGAAUUCUAGCUGCAGUACUGGUCAUGCCCUCACCUGAAGGCCGCCAUAAAGCUCUCUCCACCUGUUCUUCACAUCUACUGGUAGUAACAUUGUUUUAUGGGUCAGCCUCUAUCACUUACCUGAGGCCCAAAGCGAACCAUUCACCAGGAACUGACAAACUCCUAGCUCUUUUUUAUACAGUGGUGACAUCUACCUUCAAUCCCAUCAUCUAUAGUUUACGGAACAAGGAAGUCAAGGCAGCCCUUUGGAGAAUUCUGGAGAAGAAAAAGAUUUUGACUCAUGUUUAG